AUGGCGGCGCCCGGCGAGCGCAGGCGCUUCGGCAGCAGGGGCCUCUUCUCCUUCCUGCCUGGCGGCGCGCGCUCCGAGGUGCUUGACGACUUGGUGACCGACGCGCGGGGCCGGGGCGCGGGGCGCAGAGACGCCGCCGCGGCCUCCGCACCUACGCCAGCUGCAGCACCGACCCCCGAGCCGCAGGUUGCUGAGGACGCCUCCCGUAGACGACCCUGCCGGGCCUGCGUGGAUUUCAAGUCGUGGAUGCGGACGCAGCAAAAGCGGGAAACCAAGUUUAGGGAGGAUUGCCCUGAGGAUCGGGAGGAACUGGGCCGCCACAGCUGGGCUGUCCUCCACACCCUGGCUGCCUACUACCCCGACAUGCCCACCCCGGAACAGCAGCAAGACAUGGCCGAGUUCAUACACUUAUUUUCUAAGUUUUACCCGUGCGAGGAGUGUGCUGAAGACAUAAGGAAGAGGUGCGUUGCGUGUGCACAGGUGACGGAGUGUGGCACCGAGAGACUCCAGUUCAAGCUGGUGUCAUAG